AUGGCCUUAUUCCAUCGAGAUAUAAAGGAGGACAAUAUAUUGCUGAAGUCAUUAUCACCAUUGCAUGUCUGUCUUGCCGAUUUUGGCCUGGCAGUUACCAGCAGAGAAGGAGCCACACAUGGUGGCCAGUUAACUCACGUUGCUGUGGAAGUAUACCUUGGCCGCAGGUAUUCUUAUAUAGCAGAUAUUUGGUCUCUGGGGGUAACUGCCCUUUCCCUUCUCCGCCGAUUUCCAAAGAAAGAAGCUCAGUGCUUUUUCCGUGGUCGGGAUCGGGCACAAGAGGCCAAAUACUAUGAGAAACUGCUAUCUGAAGCUAGCUCUUUUCAUGGGUAUUUCGGAGAGCUAAUAAAGCAUAUGCUUUGUACCCCAGAUGUUCGGUGGACUGCAGUUGAAUGUCUGCAGUAUCUGGGAGAAAGCCCUGAUACUGGCCCCAGCCGCCUAGUCCACCACAGACGACGCUGA